AAAAUGGACCAAGUCUUCUUCUAGCUCACGGUUCGUCGUCUCUGGUCAUCUUGACUCAUCGUGGCAACUUCAAAUCCGACUUAUCGCGACUGAGCCGUUGUAUUUAUAUUCACUAUACCUGGAAAGUCCUCUGCUUUCAGUUGCCUCCUACAUAUGAGCCUCAGCUAUAGAGAACUCGCCAGCCCCAACAACCGUCUACUUACCUUACUCGAUUCCUGCAGCAAAGCUCCUUCCUUUACAAGAACCAAAGCUCUCCACGCCCUCUCCAUCACGUUAUGGAACACCCUUCAGCAGCCCGUUUACAUCUGCAACAAUAUCAUCUCCCUUUACACGAAGCUCGGCGAGGUUUGUUUUGCAGCCAAAGUGUUCGAUAAAAUGCCUGAGAGAGACAGAGCGUCUUUCAACACCGUCAUUAGCGGGUUUAGCAAAUCCGGGUAUGUGGUGGAAGCUUGGCGUGUGUUUUCAGAGAUGAGGGAGUUUGGGUUUUUACCGAAUCAGUUAACUGUUAGAGGUUUACUGUCUUGUCUCUCGUUGGAUCUUCGUGGUGGGACUCAGUUGCACGGUUUGAGCUUGAAGUACGGUUUUUUAAUGUCUGAUGCAUACGUGGGUACUAAGUUGUUGGGUUUGUAUGGGAGGUUUGAGUUGCUUGAAACGGCGGAAAAGGUGUUUGAAGAUAUGCCGUUGAAGAGCUUGGUGACGUGGAACCAUAUGAUGUCUUUGUUGGGGCGUGGUGGGUUUCUCAGAGAAUGCAUGUUUCUCUUCCGUGAGCUAGUUGGGACUGGGGAGUGUUUAUCCGAAAGCUCUUUCUUGGGUGUUUUGACAGGUGUGUCUUGUGAAAAUGACUUGGAAACUAGCAGACAGUUGCACUGCUCAGCGAUGAAAAUAGGGUUAGAUUGUGAUACUUCCAUCGUUAACUCUCUUAUCACUGCAUAUGGAAGAUGUGGUAACACAGAUAUGGCAGAGAGAGUGUUUGAUAAGGCAGUUUCACGGAAUAUAGUGUCGUGGAACGCCAUAAUUGGUGCAACAGCCAAAGGUGAGAACCCGUUAACAGCAUUGAAACUCUUUGUAACUAUGCCAGAGCAUGAGUUUUCCCCGAACCAAGGUACUUACGUUAGUGUUCUUACUGCCUCUUCUCACGCGCAGACUUUGAGUUUCGGACGUCAGAUCCACGGCACACUGAUCAAGAACGGCUGCGAGACUGACAUCUACUUGGGGAAUGCAUUGAUAGACUUUUAUGCUAAAUGUGGUAGUCUGGAAGAUUCACGCCUAUGCUUCGACUCUAUACGCUAUAAGAACAUUGUUUGCUGGAAUACACUGCUUUGGGGCUACGCCAAUAAAGACGAUCCCAUUUGUCUCUCAUUGGUACUUCAAAUGCUUCAAAUGGGUUUCAGACCAACUGAAUAUACUCUCUCGACAGCUCUCAAACCAUGUUGUGUCAUAGAGUUACAGCAGCUGCACUCAGUUAUAGUGAGAAUGGGAUACGAAGAUAACGACUAUGUGUUAAGCUCUCUUAUGAGAUCAUACGCCAAAAAUCAACUGAUAAAUGAUGCUCUUCUUCUUCUGGACUGGUCUAGCAAACCUUCUUCUGUCGUCCCGUUGAACAUUGCCGCUGGAUUAUACAGCAGAGCAGGGCAUUACCGUGAAUCUGUAAAGCUGAUCUCAACGUUAGAACAACCGGACAUUGUAUCUUGGAACAUUGCUAUUGCGGCUUGGUCUCGGUCUGCGACGCUAGAACAACCGGACACUGUAUCUUGGAACACUGAUAACCACGGAGAGGAGGUUACAGAGAUUUUUAAACACAUACUACAAGCAAACAUCCGCCCUGAUAAUUUCACAUACGUUAGUAUCUUAAGCACGUGCGCCAAGUUCUGCGACUUGACGCUAGGAAGUUCUAUCCACGGCCUAAUGACAAAAACAGAUUUCAGCCGUGCCGACACGUUCGUAUGCAACGUGUUGAUUGACAUGUAUGGGAAAUGCGGAAGCGUUACGAGUGCAAUCAAAGUGUUUGAAGAGACAAGAGAGAAGAACACCAUUACAUGGACUGCACUGAUCUCCUCUCUUGGCAUUCAUGGACACGGACAUGAGGCGUUUGUAAAGUUUGAGGAAAUGGUGUCUCUGGGGUUUAAGCCGGACUGUGUCUCUUUCAUCUCUAUGCUAACUGCUUGCAGACAUAGUGGUAUGGUAAAAGAAGGGAUGGAGUUGUUUUGGAAGAUGAAGGACUAUGGAGUUGAACCGGAUAUUGAUCACUAUCGUUGUGCCGUUGAUCUUUUGGCUAGAAAUGGUUACGUGAUAGAAGCUGAGCAGCUGAUUUCUAGAAUGCCUUUCCCUGCAGACGCUCCUGUGUGGCGAACUGUUCUUGCUGGUAGUAAAAGAUUUGCAGAAGAACAGAGAAGCACUCUCAGUUUCGUCUCUGCUCAGUAGUUAAAGAACCUAAAAUUUCAGGAGAAUUCGUUUUUAUUUUUCUCUAGUUGUUUCUCGUCGCUAAUCUCACGCCUAAUUACAGUUUAGCAAUUCUUGAACUUUGUGUAUAGUGAAUGAAUGAAAAGACUUCAAAGUUU